UUGAGGUGUGACAACUCAAACUCCUCUUAUCUCUGCCCACUAACAUAUGACUCACUGCCAAACUAUAAAUACCGCCAGAGGCAGUUUCCAGUUUCCUCCCCCACCAAGUUUCACAGUUUCCUUCAACUCCGAUCGCGUCGUUGCCAAUGGGUGAGAAGAACAAUGGUGAGAAUGGAGGAGGAGGCAGGAGCAAUGUCACGGUGGUGCUGAAGGCUGACUUGCACUGCGAUGGCUGCGUUUCCAAAGUUCUGAAGUGUAUCCGCUCUUUGGACGGUGUCUACAGCGCCUCCAUCGGCGGGGAGCAGAAGAUUACGGUGGUCGGAAAAGUGGAUCCGAUGAAACUCAGGAAUAAGGUGGAGCAGAAAACGCACAAAAAGUUUGAACUCAUUUCGCCACAACCAAAGAAAGAAAACAGCAACAACGAUGAUAAAGAGAAUGCAAAAGGCAAAGAAAACAACAAUGUUGUGAAUCCUAAGCAAGAGAAGAAGAAGAACAACAAAGAGCAGUCCAAUGAUAAAAACUCGAAGAAUAAAUCCGAUAAGGAUUCUUCCGAAAAGGAAAAGAAGAUUCCGGUGACAACGACGGUGCUGAGGAUGCGCUUGCACUGCGAAGGCUGCAUUCAGAAGAUCAGAAAAUCCAUAGCAAAAACCAAGGGUUACAGCGGCAUGAAGAUCGACAAGGAGAAGAACCUGGUAACAGUAACCGGCGCCAUGGACGUAGAAGCGUUGGCUCAGGUGCUCAGGAAGCAUGUGAAAAAGGAAGUCGAAAUUCUACCCCAAAAGGACGCCGCCGCAGAGAAGGAGAAAAGCGGAGGUGAAAAGCAAAAGAAUGGAAACAAAAAGGAGAAGAAUAAUGCCGGCGGUGGAAAGGAGAAGGCCGGCGGCGGCGGCAAGGAGAAGGCCGACGGCGGCGGCGGCGACGGAGGAGACAAAACCGAAGCAGUAAACAAGGCGCAGUCGCAACGGUCCGUAAGCCCGAACCCGAACCCGAACCCGUACCCGGGUGAGCAGUAUUUUUACUACUACCCGGCCCCGUAUAAUUGGUACGUACCACAACCAUACCACGCUCCUCAGCUGUUCAGUGAUGAGAACCCUAAUGCUUGUAGUGUUAUGUGAAUGCGGGGGGUAUUUUGGUCUUUUCAUGCAUUGUUUAAGCUGAAAGAAGCUUCUAGACCGCUCUAAAUUCAAUUAAAUGGUAACUUCGUUACUAUUGGGCAUCGUUUGUUUCUUCUCUCCAAACCUCUAUUUGUACUACUAUGUAUUUUUCGAUAUUAUCCUACAUUUAA